AUGAUUAAACCUCGCUUUUCCUUACUAUUGAUCCUUGUAACAGCUGCUGUUACCAUUGCGCCAUCACAAGGCUGUCCCUACAUUCGGUCUCUGCAAGAGAAGCAAAGUGGAAAUGGUGGUGGUCCUGGCGGUGGUGGACAAGACAAUGAGAUAUAUGUUCAAGAGCUUCUUGAUAGCCAUUCCAUGAUUGAUCGUGAAGUCACUCAUAAUGACGAUGGGUCCAUUACGACAAAGACCUUUUCAGACGACGCGCAAGUUGCAGGAUGGUUACAAGUCCAUGUGGCCGAGAUGAAGGCCAGAGUUGACGAGAGCAUGGAUGUUCGCAGCUGGGACCCAUUCUUCGUUUCCUUGGUGGAGCAUCACGAAGAAAUGUCUGUCGAGAUCAGUAACUUGAGCAAUGGUGUUCAAGUGGAGUUGAGUGCAUCCACAGACUGUGGCCAAUCUCUGAUCGAGGCGCACACGGAGGUUGUUAGCUUGUUCGUGGAGACCGGAAGAGAAGAGUCAUCCAAAGCCCAUGAUGCACCAGAAGCAUGCGAUAUCAUGUCCACAGCUUCUCCGAUGCAAGCACCCUCGGCUCCAUCGGACGAAAUUGGGAAUUCCACCAAAUUUGCGUCGUCCGCCGAGUCUCAAGGACUAUUUGUAAUCAUGCUCGUGGCAUCUAUAGUGGUGAUGCUAUGA